UAUGUAUCAAGAAUUCGACUUUAAAACAACUAUGGGUUUAGAUGAUUUAUGGAUUCAAAACAUGCGAAAAUUAGAGGCAGGAGAGCUAUUGAAAAUGUUCUUUCUACUUCGAACUGAACACGAACAACUGGUAAGAGUUGAAAAGGAUAUGGAAAGUCGAGUUAGAGCUCAUACUGUAUCAUCGUUAACGGCGGGCAAAUCUUACGGCGAAUUGGUUCCAACUCAACUAUAUUGCGAUUACGGGGAAGUUUUAAAAGAACGCGAAAUAUUGGAGGAAGCUCUCAAGUGUUGCGGAGAGGAGAUGUCUACCAGAUCCUACAUCUAA